AUGAAGUGUGUAAUACUCUUUGCAAAGAGAAAAGAUUAUUGUUCAGAUGGGUGCUUCAUUGUAGACCUAGCUUUAGGUUCUAGGGAUAAGUUUCACUGGAUUCUGUUACUUCAUGGAACCAGAAAAGAGGUUUUUAAAAAAUCAAAUAGGUAUCCAUUAGAGGGCUCUCGAGGUUUUAAGAUGAUCAGCCUUGAUAGUGAUGGCUCCGGAGCUUUGCUUGCUCACACUUCCCCCCUUCUUUUUGUUUUACAGAAAAGGUCACGGAUUGCCUACAGUGACGAGGUGCGGAAUGAGCUCCUAGGGGAUGAUGGGAAUUCCUCGGAGAUCCAGUUGAUAAAAUUACGUGAAGAGAGGGCACAUCUGCUCGAUAACACAGAGAGGCUGGAAAGGUCAUCUCGGAGACUAGAGGCUGGAUACCAAAUAGCAGUGGAAACUGAACAGAUUGGUCAGGAGAUGUUGGAAAAUCUCAGCCAUGACAGAGAGAAGAUUCAGCGUGCUCGAGAACGACUGAGAGAAACAGAUGCCAACCUGGGUAAGAGUUCGAGAAUCCUAACAGGAAUGUUACGAAGGAUCAUCCAAAAUCGGAUUUUGAUAGUUAUCUUGGGGAUCAUCGUCAUCUUUGCAGUCGUGAUGGUUAUUUAUUUCUCUGUCAGGGGACACUGAUAUCUUUGUUCUUCACUAACCAGCAGCAAACUGCUUCAGAGUAAUUAAGACAAAGUGGUCACAUGAAUCAUUCUCUUGCACUGAAAUGGUACUCCCUCGCAAAGCCUGCCGUUCAACUCUGGUGCAAGUAGAAAAUAUAUUUUGUCCCAUUGUUUGCAUGUGUAUUUAAUAUUUUUCUUUGCUGUAGAAUAUGUGUUUUAAAUUAAUGGUCUGGUUUUCACGUAGCAAUGUAUGGAAUGGACAUAUGUAUUUAACAUGCAAGAUGGCACAUGUAAUUAACAUAUGAAAUUCCAGGCCAGAUUGUUCACGCUCACCAUUGUGUUGAGUUAGUAUUCAAAUCUCAGACAGAAAUUUACCUUUAAAGAUACUAUUGGAAUAUGCAAAAACAAUAUGAAAAAUAUACUGAGUGAUAAGAUAUGUAUACAUGUCAGAGAUGCAGCCCAGUAUACCCAGUAAACAUACCACCUUUUGACAGGAGAAUCCACUAUGAUACUAUUAUUCUACUGAGAUCAUUAUGUUGUUUCUUUUCAAACUUUCUUUAAUUAUUGAUAAAUUAAUCAUUAACAAGUCAAGGCCUUUAUUGUCCAGUUAAUUUCUUUUUCAGCGUUGCCCAUGUUUUUUAUGUAGUUAAUUUUGCUUUGUGGUUUUAGCGUCAAACUUAGACAAUGCAUCUGCCAUGAGUCUGGUUGGGGUUGCCUGACUCAACAUACAGACAGAUGUUAUGUUGGGAACUAAUGCUCCCAAGUGCUCCAGGGCCCAUUAUGGCUUGGAAGUACAGCUUGGGGGAGGAGAAACUUCAGCUUCUGCAGGUCCUGGGAGCUGAAAUGGCUACAGGCUUGCUAUGGAACUCCAUGUGGUGCAGUCAGUGGCAGAUAUAUCAUCUAGUUGCCUUUAGUGUCCGUGGAGUCUAAAGCAAGAAAGCGUCUAGUUAACAGAUCUUUAGAGAUCCCCUGCAAGUAAUUUUGGAUUUUUCUGAUUUAAAUUCAGCA